AAGAAGAGCAAAGAAAAACACCGGAUUUUGUGAAAAUCGUGCACAAAUUUUUGUUUAUUUUUGUUAACGUUAAAUAAAAGUUUAUAAAAUUAUUAAUUUUAAGAAAAUCAAACAGUAAACAUGACUUCGAUUAUUAAACUACACACCGUUUCAGGGGCAAUGGAUGAAACACCUCCCUGUUAUAUACUACAGAUUGAUGAAGUCAAAAUAAUGUUGGACUGUGGUUGGGAUGAAAAAUUUGAUGCCAACUUUAUCAAGGAAGUUAAAAGACACGUGCACACUAUCGAUGCUGUUUUAUUGACUCAUCCCGAUGUUUAUCAUUUGGGUGCUUUGCCUUACUUGGUGGGCAAGUUGGGUUUGAACUGUCCAAUUUAUUCUACUAUACCAGUGCAUAAAAUGGGUCAAAUGUUUAUGUAUGAUCUCUAUAUGUCUCACUUCAAUAUGUAUGAUUUUGAUUUAUUCUCUUUGGAUGAUGUGGAUGCAGCUUUUGAUAAAAUCAUUCAGCUGAAGUACAAUCAGAAAGUUUCCUUAAAGGGCAAGGGUUAUGGUAUAGCUAUAACACCUCUACCGGCUGGCCAUAUGAUUGGUGGUACUAUAUGGAAGAUUUUAAAAGUCGGAGAAGAAGAUAUUGUCUAUGCCACGGAUUUUAAUCACAAAAAGGAACGUCAUUUGAAUGGUUGUGAAUUGGAGAGACUACAAAGACCUUCUCUACUUAUAACGGAUGCAUUUAAUGCCUUGUAUCAACAGGCCAGACGUAGGGCGCGUGAUGAGAAGCUUAUGACCAAUAUUUUACAAACUUUGCGUGGUAAUGGCAAUGUACUAAUAGCAGUAGACACGGCUGGUCGUGUGCUGGAAUUGGCUCACAUGUUGGAUCAACUGUGGAAGAAUAAGGAGUCGGGUUUAAUGGCCUACUCUUUGGCCUUGCUUAAUAAUUUCUCCUACAAUGUCAUAGAGUUUGCUAAAUCCCAAAUCGAAUGGAUGAGUGAUAAACUGAUGAAAAGUUUUGAGGGUGCCCGCAACAACCCUUUUCAAUUCAAACAUAUGCAACUGUGUCACAGUCUGGCUGAGUUGGCUCAACUACCCGGACCCAAGGUUGUGUUGGCCAGUGAGUCAGAUAUGGAGAGUGGUUUUACCAGAGAUUUAUUUGUACAAUGGGCGGGUAAUCCCAAUAAUAGCAUAAUAUUUACCUCUAGAACCUCUCAAGGAACCUUGGCCAUGGAUUUAGUGGAAAAUCAUACGCCGGGUAGAAAAAUCGAAAUUGAUAUUAGACGUCGCAUAGAAUUAGAAGGUGCCGAACUGGAGGAAUAUUUGCGCAUACAGGGCGAAAAAGUCAACAGACUUAUAGUGAAACAGGAUACCGAAGAAGAAAGUAGUUCCGAUUCAGAGGAUGACAUAGAAAUGAGUAUUAUAACGGGAAAGCAUGAUAUUGUUAUAAGGCCAGAGGGUAGACAGCAUACAGGAUUCUUUAAAUCGAAUAAAAGGCAUCAUGUAAUGUUUCCCUUUCAAGAGGAGAAAAUAAAAUGUGAUGAAUAUGGAGAGAUUGUAAAUUUGGAAGAGUAUCGCAUAGCCGAUGUGGCAUACGACAAUCUCAUGGAUGAAAAUAAAGAUAAUGUAAAAAAAGAGGAAAUAAAAGGCGAAAAAACUGAGGAUGAGGUGCAAUUACUGGAGAAACCCACCAAAUGUAUAAGUCAACGUAAAACUAUAGAAAUAAAUGCCCAAAUCCAACGGAUAGACUUUGAGGGACGCUCUGAUGGUGAAUCAAUGCUAAAAAUCUUAUCACAAUUGAGACCGCGUCGUGUUAUAGUUGUGCAUGGUACGGAGGAAGCAACCCAAGCGGUAGCUAAGCAUUGUGAACAGAAUAUAGGAGCUAGAGUUUUUACGCCUCACAAGGGAGAAACCAUUGAUGCUACCACGGAAACCCACAUUUAUCAAGUUCGUCUCACUGAAGGCUUAGUUGCUCAACUACAAUUCCAAAAGGGCAAAGAUGCCGAAGUGGCCUGGAUAGAUGCUCGCAUUGGUGUACGCACUCAAGCUAUUGAAUCGUCCAAUACGUUACAAAAUAAUGCCGCCGAUAAUGAUGUCACUGAAACGGGCAGUAGUGAUGAAAAGACUCUUACUUUAGAGUCUUUGGAUAAUGAUGAUAUACCCGUACACAAUUCAGUUUUGAUUAACGAGCUAAAACUAUCGGACUUCAAACAAAUCCUAAUGCGAAAUAAUAUUAAUUCGGAAUUUUCUGGCGGUGUUUUGUGGUGCUGCAAUGGCUCUUUAGCCCUUAGACGUUUGGACACUGGCAAGGUGACCAUGGAGGGUCAUUUGUCGGAUGAAUAUUACAAGAUACGUGAAUUGUUGUAUGAGCAGUAUGCCAUUGUUUAAUUAAAUGGAAGUUAAAACAAACAAAAAAGUGAAAA